AUGUCAAAGAAAAUUCAAUUUGAUACCAAUUCUGGUAUUGGACCAAGCAAAACAUCAAAAAUCAAUGAAGCUGAAGGUUCUCUCGAUGAUUUACCCCAAUUGGAGUACGAAGGCGAAAAUGAGGGAUCACGAAAAGAGCGGCUACCAGUGCAACCUUCUAUGGAUUCCAUAACUUCACAGCCAAGUCGUGAGAAGAUCAGCAUUCAUUUGAUAAAAGUGGCCAUACUAUUUGUUAUUUGGCUAAUCUAUGCAACGGCAAUUGUGACACAUAAAGAGAAAACCUUUAACCCAAUAUUGAUGGGCAUACGUCCGCAGACAACAAAACGAUUGGAAAUUCCCGAAGCUGAUGAGGUCAAACAGCUAAUUGGUAUAUAUUUGAUGGGAGCUUUUAGAGAAGGCAAUGAUGCCAUCACCCAUAAACCAAACAGAAAUGAACCGCAUGUUUCGUUACAUUUGGAGCUGGUCGAAGGUGACUUGGUAGAAGUCAUAAGCGAAAGUUAUUAUUUCCUCUUAAGCAGCGACCAAAAUUUGCAAUAUCGUCCGAUAAUAAAAAAAUCUCUUGUUAUGACUUUACAACGUGAUAUAUCCACAACCAAAGGCCACAAAUAUAUUGUCAUGGAUACAAAUGUUGCUGAGAUACUAACCCUAAAAUUAUGGUUUGACACAAGUCCCUUGGACAAAUCGAUUGGAAUACCCUUAGGUUCCCUGGUACUGCUCUUUUUGUAUAUUCUCAUCAUUUGGGAGUUUGUUAAUCGCACCUUUGCUGCGGUGGUGGCCUCGACGUUGGCAAUUGGCAUAUUGGCUGCAUUGAAUGCUAGACCCUCGAUCCUCACCAUAAUGUCUUGGGUUGAUGUCGAAACUCUUAUGCUACUGUUCGGAAUGAUGAUUUUGGUAUCGAUAUUGUCAGAGUCGGGUAUAUUUGAUUAUCUGGCCGUUUUGGCUUAUGAACUUUCGAAGGGUAACCUAUUUGGAUUGAUUUAUGUUCUAUGCCUCUUUACGGCGGUGCUGUCUGCCUUUUUGGAUAAUGUUACGAUGAUGCUGUUGGUGGCACCAGUGACAAUACGGCUCUGUGAAGUUUGCAAUUUGAACCCGGUGCCCGUUCUUAUGUCCAUGGUGAUAUACUCGAAUAUUGGUGCUGCCCUUACACCAGUUGGAGAUCCUCCGAAUAUCCUAAUUAUGACCAAUGCCUACAUCAACACACAUGGUGUCAAUUUUGGUAACUUUUGCCUGCACAUGCUGCCCGCUGUGACAUUGGGGAUGAUAUCGACCUUUAUCCAUCUCCGGCUGAAGUAUCCGCAAAUAAAGGACUUUAUGAACAAACAAUCGGUGGAAAUUGAAGCCUUGAAACAUGAAAUACAAGUGUGGGAGAAGGCAGCCCAAGCCAUUGCACCCACAACAACAGAUGAGGAAAUAGUUCAGAACACUCUGCACAAAAAAGCCAAAGAUUUGAAACAUAAAUUGAGAGACUUGGAAGCUAAGGCGGUAUUUGUGACAACCGAUUUCCAAACAACGCUGGUCUAUAUGAAGAACACAUAUUCGAUACGAAACAAGGUGCUGCUAAUCAAAUCCACGGUGGCAUUUAUCUUUGUGCUCUUCCUCUUCUGUUUGCAUGCGGUGCCUCAUUUGCAUCAUCUUUCUUUGGGCUGGAGCGCAUUGGUGGGUGCCAUUCUUCUGCUGAUACUUGCCGAUGAGGAAGAUAUCGAAACUGUACUUUCCCGUGUCGAAUGGUCGACUUUAUUGUUCUUCGCCUGCCUCUUUACGCUGAUGGAAUCACUGACGGAAUUGGGCCUCAUCGAAGUUUUGGGUAAUUUGUGUGUUAAAAUUAUUAGUACCGUUUCUCCCACCUAUCGAUUACUGGUGGCCGUUUUACUAAUUCUCUGGGUUUCCGGCAUUGCUUCGGCUAUUCUGGCCAAUAUCCCGGUAACCACAAUGAUGGUUAAGAUUGUUAUUAGUUUAGCUCAGAACGAUGCGUUGAAGCUGCCGUUGACACCAUUGGUAUGGGCUCUAGCCCUGGGAGCUUGCUUUGGUGGCAAUGGCACCUUGAUUGGUGCCUCCGCCAAUGUGGUGUCAUCUGGUGUUGCCGAACAGCAUGGCUAUCGCAUUUCAUUUCUGGAAUUCUUUUUCUUUGGUUUUCCCAUUAUGAUUAAUACUUUGAUAGUUGCUUCGAUUUAUUUGUUCCUUGCCCAUUGUUUGUGGCAAUGGCAUUAAAUGCAG